CUCGCGAGCGCAAGAAGAGCUGGUCGGUAACGGAGGACCGAAUGCCAAUCUCAUUGAGAAAGCGCCUUUAUUGCGCGUGAGAGACAGGAGGGACAGACGUUUCUAGUGCUGCACACAUACACAGACAGACAAGACACAGGAAGCUUUGGGGGAACUCGGGGAAAGGGUGCAUUUUCACCGCCUCAAGAGGAAGUUAAGGACAAAUCUCUCGCUUAAAUAAAUCUUAAGAGGGACACUGGGCACGCGGGAGUACGUCGCCUUUGCGAGUAACUUGUGGGAUUUAUUGGGAAUUGUUUUUGAAAGGAGACCUGGCUUCACUCUCCACCCGUAUAUAUUUCAUCUUGUUCAUUUAAUAUCAUUUCAUCGGCUGCCCUAAAACAACUGUCAUCCCAGAAUUGCAGUAUUGCAGCAGCGGAUUGUGCGUAAAGACAGAGACAGCAUCCUUUGCCGCGGAAGACUCGCAGGCACUUGCCUCCCUCACUUGCGUUUUUGUACUCUAUUUAUUAUUUAUAUCCCAGCCUUUAUUUAUUUUGGGACUUUUUCCUGUCUAUUUUUGGGGCGUCGGUGGUGAUUUCUGUGGAAUAUGGUGGGGGAAAUGGAAACGAAAGAAAAGCCGAAGCCGACCCCUGAUUAUCUGAUGCAGCUCAUGAACGAUAAGAAACUGAUGAGCAGUCUGCCCAACUUCUGCGGGAUAUUCAACCACCUCGAACGGCUUCUCGACGAAGAGAUCAGCAGGGUACGAAAGGACAUGUACAAUGACACGUUAAACGGCAGCACGGAGAAGAGAAGCUCAGAGCUCCCGGACGCCGUCGGCCCCAUCGUUCAGCUCCAAGAGAAACUCUAUGUGCCUGUUAAAGAAUAUCCAGACUUUAAUUUUGUGGGCCGGAUCUUGGGCCCGCGGGGGCUCACAGCCAAGCAGCUGGAGGCCGAGACCGGAUGCAAGAUCAUGGUGAGAGGGAAAGGCUCCAUGAGGGACAAAAAGAAGGAGGAACAGAACCGAGGCAAACCCAACUGGGAGCAUCUGAAUGAGGACCUCCAUGUGCUCAUCACGGUGGAGGACGCCCAGAACCGGGCUGAGGUCAAGCUCAAGCGUGCGGUGGAGGAGGUUAACAAGCUACUCGUGCCUGCGGCCGAAGGAGAGGACAGUCUGAAGAAGAUGCAACUGAUGGAACUGGCCAUUCUCAACGGCACCUACAGAGACGCCAAUAUCAAAUCACCUGCCCUUGCGUUCUCUCUUGCAGCGAGCGCCCAGGCGCCUCGGAUCAUCACCGGCCCAGCACCUGUCCUGCCGCCCACGGCCUUGCGCACGCCUACGCCCGCGGGGCCGACCCUCAUGCCCCUCAUCCGCCAGAUCCAGACCGUCAUGCCCAACGGCUCCACCCACCCGGCAGGCGCCACCCUAAUGCAGUCCGGUCCAGAGUCAGGCCUGAUUUACGCCACGCCCUACGAUUACCCCUACACACUGGGCCCCGCCACCUCCAUUCUGGAGUAUCCCAUCGACUCCAGCGGGGUGUUAGCAGGUGCGGUGACAGCUAAAGUUCGAAGGCACGAGCUGCGCGUCCAUCCUUACCAAAGGGUAGUGACCGCAGACAGAGCCACCACUGGCAACUAACCCCUGACCUUCUGACCUCUUCACCCAAUGAUGACCUGCCCAUUACCUGCCUGCAGAUCACAUCUCUGCCCUAAAAUGAGUGAAUGAAAGACAAAAAAAAGAGUAUCCCAGGCAGUGGAUAUACAGCUUGCACUCGUUGGACACGGAGACGCUCCUGCCGCAGUAGAUCUGCACUCUUUGUAAGCAAUAAGCAAUAAUGAUUUGCCCCGCUCCCUCUAAAUCAAAGCCAGAUCCCAGUUCGCUGUCAAAACCCAACAGCUCCACGACAGCGCUGAGGAAACGGACCGCUCCAGUGAUCCUGCAGUUACGGUAAUGAGUCCGAAUGUAACGCAUGACGGUGUGGAUGGUGUUUUCACCUCUGUAUCGCAUCAUCGCAACCACCGUUUGAGAAGCGAUUGAAUGGCUGAAAUCACGGAAGAAGAAGACGACGACUAUUUCCCUUCCGGAACAAUCCGACACUUUCAGUGAACAAGCCUCUCUGAGGAUGUAUAAGCCAUGCUUGCCUAUCUGCUGUACAAAUGUAUGAAAUUUGUAGAUAAAAGUUCAAAGAGUGACAAAAGAAAACAUGUACAGAAAGAACACUUUUACUAUCCUCCAGAGAACGUAUAUUUUUACUACUCAAUAUUUUAUACUGUCGAAUAUUGUGAAGAGAACAAAAAAAAAAAGAACAGAACAAUACUGAACCCUUUAUGAAGUGAAAACAAUCCAGUUCUCUGUAAUUGGAUGUAGACGUGGAUGACCAAAACACCCUCUCGUUGUACCGGUGGGGCUGGUACGGAUAUAUCUUUUAAGUGCCUUAUCAUAGUUCUCAUGAUUCAUGUUCAAUAUGAAUGUCAUCAUCAGUGGUGAAUGAUCAGACCUGGGCUGUGUUUCCCAGAAAGCAUUGGACUCGAGCGGCGCAAAGCGAUGCGAUAAAAACCAGUAGAACCCAUUAUAAUCAGUGAUGCUGUCUACACUGGACAAAUCCCCAACGAUCUAUUUCACACAAAAGACAAAUGAAUUUGGAAGAGCCUCAAGCUGUUUUGGAGCCAUAAUGGUUUCUAUGAUCUACUUAGACUUACAAUGCUUUUGGGAAGCCCGGCCUGGGUCAGUACACACAGCUUUCCCUUUCCGAAACCACAUAAAUGACGGAUCACCAGCCUAUACCUGCCUUCCUGAUUCCCAGUAUCACACUGUCAAACAGACUCGGGGAGUCGAAGUGUAUUAGUUGCCUUCAGUCUUCAGACACAUCCUUCAGAAUUGUAGGUAUUUUGCUCGCUGUACUUGAAUGAAAUAAUUUGCACAUUAUGUUGAAGUUUAGUGCACUGUUACAUCAACAGUCACGGCCAAAAGUGUUACUUGGUAACACUUUAUUUUAAGGUGACGUAGUUACACGUUACUACAUGUACUUAAUAUACUCUGUAAAAAAAUAAAACCGUAAUUUUUACGGUAACAAAAACGGCAGCUAUGCUUGCCAGAACUGUACCGUCAAAAAUACGGUAGCAAUUGGUUUUACAGAUUUAAUUUAAAAUUUACAGUCAUAAACCGUAUUUCAUUAUCUGAUAUAAUUUUAAUUUACCAACCUAUUGAAGUAUUAAUUUCUGUUUUGUACCAUUCUAACACACUGACAACCAACAAUAACAGCAGUGAUGAGAGUAUCAAAGCCAAUCAUAAAAAUUAAACAGUCUUCCACGAGAAAGUUAAUACUUUCAUAGAAACUGCAGUCUGAUUCGCAAAAUAAUUAAACACCAUCAUGUUAACACACAUGAAAUUUAAAAAAAAA